AUGAGCUCUAAUUGGGAUGAAGAUACAGACUAUUAUACACUCUUAGAUGUCAAACUCGAUGCGUCUACUGAAGAAAUUAAUGCUGCGUAUCGUAAAGCUUCAAAUAAAUGGAACCCAGAAAAAUAUAACGGAAAUAAAGAUGAGGCAAAACGAAUUCUUCACCUAAUUGAACACGCAUACUCAAUUCUUAGCGAUAGUAGAGAGAGAACCUGGUAUGAUAAUCACAAAAAUUUUGCCUAUGAAGAAUUAGAGGACUUUUAUGAACUUUUUAAAGCAAACGCUUACAGUGGUUUUGGAAAUGAUGAAAAUAGUUUCUACACUAAAUUUGACACAUUUUUUGGAGAUGUUUCAAGAGAUGAAAAUCAAAAUGCACCAAAAUUUGGAGAUGCUAAAUCAUCUCGCGAUGAUAUCGAGCAAUUUUAUAACUAUUGGUCUAAAUUCAAUACUUUACGCACUGUUUCUGUUGAUGAAAUCGAUGAUAAUAAUCGUCAAGAAGAUAUCAUUCAAGAAUACACAGAUAUUAUACAUGAAUUAGCUUAUUUUCUUAAAAAGCGCGACCCAAGACUUAAAAAUGUAGAAGAAAAAACAGAAAAAAUCAAGCGGCAGAAAUCUCAAAAGAAAACAGAAGCACUUGCAUCCCAAACAUUCCUUACUCAGAUAGAACACGUACAAACAACCUUUGAGAAGAAAUAUCUUGAAAUGAUGGGUAAUAGACAAGAAAGAAGAAUAGAUCUUCCAGGUUUAUCGCCGCAAUUGAUUGCAAAGAAGACAGAACUUGAGCAGAUACAAGCUGAGCUCCAACAGGCCAGACAAGACCAAGAAAAAUGGGAAUCAAAUUUAGAAGAAGACAAAGCUUUGGUAAACGAGCAUAGAAAAGAUGCAUAUCAGAUCGAGCAGAAGACGCAAGAGAUAUUCAAACACCUUAGAGCUGAAAUCGAAAACCAUAAUCGAAAUAGAAAGAAGCAGGAAAGCCUUACAAAGCAAUACGAAGAUGAAUUAGAAGAACUAACUGUUACAGAAAAAGAGUUGCAGCAAAAGAUUCAAGGAACUCAAAAUGAAAUUUCUAAAUUGCAACCGUAUUCAAUCUUUUUUGAAGAUGUUGUUACAAGGAGCAAGCUUUUCUUGAACACUGAACAGAUCUUAAACAGAUUUAAUUUGUUGAUGCAAGCUAAAGAUGUUUAUUCAAGAUCAACAAGCGAAGAAAAAGAAGUCAAAAAAGAAGAAGUAAAAGAUGAAAAUUACGAUGAUGGAGAUGACAAAGUUCUUGAGCUGAGAAAACCAGAAACAAAUGGUUUAGCGAAAGCUAAGGAAGAACUCAAGAGACUACAAGGCCAAAGGAUACAAUUAGUUCAUCAAGUUUAUUCUUUGAGAGAAGACAUCAAAAAAUUGCAAAAGAAGAAUAGAUAUGUUAAAACUAACGCAAUAAAAGGUGCUGAAAGAGUCUCUGAUAAGCAAACCGAUUACGUAACUAUUAUGUCAUCAAUUGAUAAUAUUAUGAAGAUGGUGAAAGCCACACAAGAAUCACUAGGAAGAAUUUAUACAACAACAGAGAAAAUCGAAACACCAGAAGCAAAAUUGGAAUUAAUCGAAAAGAGAUUCCAAGAUUUAGUUGCAAUUAUUUCAGAAUCUAAAGAAGAAGUGAAAGAUAAUGCUUCACAGGCUUCAAGUGCUAGAGGAAAGAAGACUCCAAUAAAAGUAAAGAAAGUUCCAAUUGGUCCUGGAACUCCAUUCAUAUCAAAAGUUGAAGUUCCUCAGGUUGAAUAA